AUGAAGCAAAAGCAAGCAGGCUCCAUCAUCAUCAUCUCUGGCAAACGGGAGCGAAGGAGGGAGCACAAGUGGGGCGAGAAGGACCUUUCAGGAGCCACACUUAGAAAAGUGGUGGGUGGCUCAGCGCUGAGCGAGAGCAGCAGAGGUGAAGCAGCGAGGCGUGCAGGCAUCCCUCCUCUCCCCAUCCUGGCCGCGCCCAGCCCAGGUGAGUGGGUGGCCCGCGGACAACCACGCGGAGGAGCCACCUCCAGGGGCCCGCGCGCUUCCUGCUGGAGCCGACGUGGCCGGCGCGAUAGGCCGCGCACGUGUCUGGCCGGAGGCCCGGGCGCAGAGGCGCGCGGGGGCUUCAGGCUCGUCCGCCCGCUUGUGGUGCCGCUGGCCCAGAUCCUCCGGGCUGCGGGUGCGGGGCGCAGGAGCCCAGCCGCGGGGCGGAAGGGGGCUGGGCGGCGGAGGCGCGUCUCGGCUCUGCGCGGGCCGGCUUUGCGCUGUUGGCCCCUUGCGGCCCCCGUCGGGCUUCGAGGUCGCCAUGGCCGCCCGCAGCCGGCCUGCUCUGGGGACCGCGGCGCGUCGGUGGGCUCCGGUCGGCAGCCCAGGUGGAGAGGCGCUCAGGAAUCUUACCCAUCUUCUUCACCAAUAUGGUUUGUGGACUCUGAUGACCCAAAUCUGACAUCAGUUCUGGAACGCCUAGAAGACACUAAGAACAACAAUUUGCUUCGUCAGCAAUUGAAGUGGUUGAUAUGUGAACUCUGCAGAUUAUAUAACCUCCCUAAGCACCUGGAUGUUGAGAUGCUAGAUCAACCACUACCCACGGGUCAGAAUGGGACAACUGAAGAGGUAACUUCAGAAGAGGAAGAAGAGGAGGAGAUGGCUGAGGAUAUAGAAGACUUGGAUCACUAUGAGAUGAAGGAAGAAGAGCCUAUUAAUGGGAAAAAGUCAGAGGACGAAGGGAUUGAAAAAGAAAAUUUGGCAAUAUUGGAGAAAAUUAGGAAGACUCAAAGGCAAGACCAUUUAAAUGGUGCAGUGUCCGGGUCAGUGCAAGCAUCAGAUCGACUCAUGAAGGAGCUCAGGGACGUCUACAGAUCACAGAGCUACAAGGCAGGGAUUUAUUCAGUGGAACUAAUAAAUGACAGCUUAUAUGACUGGCAUGUCAAACUACACAAGGUUGACUCUGAUAGUCCUUUGCACAGUGAUCUUCAGAUCUUAAAAGAAAAAGAAGGCAUAGAAUAUAUUUUGCUUAACUUCUCUUUUAAGGAUAAUUUUCCAUUUGAUCCUCCAUUUGUUCGAGUGGUGUUACCUGUUCUCUCAGGAGGGUACGUGUUGGGCGGAGGAGCAUUAUGUAUGGAACUUCUUACAAAACAGGGCUGGAGCAGCGCCUACUCUAUAGAAUCAGUCAUCAUGCAGAUCAAUGCCACCUUGGUGAAAGGAAAGGCCCGGGUGCAGUUUGGAGCAAAUAAGAAUCAGUAUAAUCUAGCACGGGCCCAACAAUCCUAUAAUUCCAUUGUACAGAUACAUGAGAAAAAUGGCUGGUACACACCUCCAAAGGAAGAUGGCUAACUACACUGACAUAUGUCUGGACCAAUGUCGCUUUAAAGAAAAUCGUUCCAACGUGCAGACAUAAGCUUUUGAGUGCCCGUAUAACAGCAGUACCGAAGACAUUAGCUAAUAGAUUAUAUAGCGGAUAAUCUGUCAACUGACAUCCAGAUACAGCCUUUUCAUUUUGCUCACUUUAGGUAUCUUGGACUGAACAGUGGGGCCUUUACUGUAUUUUUCCUAUUAAGUACAUACAAUAGCCACUUCCUACCACCUCUUUCUUGAAAAUGAAAUCUUUUAAGCAAGCAGGGAAGUCAGCAUCAGUUUACUGCAGCUGUGAAUUUACAGUAACCUUCUUAUAUUGAGCCUAUGGGGUAUGAAGAUUUGCAAAAUCUUGUUCGUUUAGAGCCAAUAAAAGUUUAGCUGAUGGUCAAUACUGGUUUAGGAAUUUUAGGUUUUCUAAACCAUAGCCUUUUCAGGUCUGAAAUCUUUUUAUUGCCAAAAUUUAUGACAGGAAGCCUCUUCAUUAAGUUGUUAACUUUUUCAUGGUUGUGUGAAAGUUUGAACUGUUUCUGGAAGAAUGGUCUUAGUUAUAUUCUUUCAUAUUAGGGAAAGCAAAGUGAGCCAUUUGUGAGCAGUGCUUUCCCCUGCUGUGCUGAACCUGCCUCCUCCGGUUCAGCAUUUUUUGGGAAGAGCCACAGUGUAGAGCCCGAAGUUCUAAACUAUGAAGUUAUUUUACCUUUCCACUUAUUAACGGGGUGUUGCAAUUGUUGAUAAACUUCUAAAGUGAUUGGUACAAAGACUCCUUGAGCAAAAGUAUAAAAGAUACCUAAAUUGGAGACCAUUAAAUUUUUUUGCUAUAGCCAUACAGUGCUUUUCCAUCAGAAGACCAGUAAGAAUUCUGCAUAUGUUAGUCUUUUAUACGAUGUGACACAAAUCAAUGUGCUUUCCAUUUUACCACCUUACCUGAAUCAAUACUCUUUGGUUGGUAAUAGUUUUUUUUUUAAAAUAAUCCUGAAUUUGAUUUAAAUAUAAACUCUAGCUAUUAAGCACUUUUAAAAAGAAACCCAGAAGCACAUUUUCCUGCACAAACCAGUACAGAGUUUUUUCCUUUUUGUUUUCUUUUUGCUUUUGUUUUUGAUUUUCAAGAUUUCUCUGUGUAACAGCUGGCCUUGAACUCACAGAGGAGUGUUGGGACUAAAGGCACGUGCCACCAUCACCUGACUCAGAAGGUGUUUCUUACACAUUUGAUUUUAGAUUCUUUUCUUUUUCUUUUUAAACUUUGCAAACCACAUUCAGGAAACUUGGCGCUGUGCAUUUUCUGUUUUUAAUUUUUCCUGAUUCUGUUUUGUUGGUUAAGAGGACAGGUUAAAGAUACGUGGUAUUCUUGCUCACUUGGUUCCCUUUAAAUGAUUGUCAGUGCUCAGUCGGAUAGCAGUGACAAGGCAGAAUUCUUCAAAGCAGUGUAAAGUUCCUUAAGCCUUAAGGCAAAAUCUUGAAUACAUUAUUGAAUUCUUUAAUAUCCUAAUGGCUAGCGGAUUUGACAGCUGCACAUUUGGCAUGCUUUGUUUUUUGGAUUUUAUUUUUCAUUGCAGAUUUAUUUGGCAAUGUACAGUAAAUUUUGUAAACUUGCAUCAAGUUUAUGAAUAAAGAACCAUUUAAAAAUC